CUGACAGGUCGCUCCCACCCGGUGUAGCCGUUAGCUCGGCGGUACUUUCUGCUGCUGCCUUCUCUUGGAAUGCUUUAGCGCCAGAGAGCGAAGCGAAAACUGAGAUGCGAGAACAAUAAAACUCCAAGUUGGCUUCGUUCAAAAAGGAAAACAACAACAGCCAAACCACUCCGGUUGGAGAGAAAGAGGGAGAAGCUGAGUGAGAAGGGAAGAAGAGAGCAGAGCGACCAUGGACCACCAGCGGCAGAGGACUCUGUCCACUUCAGGAGAAUCGCUCUACGUUGUCCUCGGAGUCGACAAGAACGCCACAACAGAGGACAUCAAGAAAUGUUACAGAAAACUGGCGCUGAAGUUUCACCCUGACAAAAACCCGGACAACCCGGACGCAGCUGAAAAGUUUAAAGAAAUAAACAACGCUCACUCCAUCCUGGUGGAUCCCACCAAAAAGAACAUCUACGACAAAUACGGCUCCCUGGGCCUCUACGUGGCGGAGCAGUUCGGAGAGGAGAACGUCAACACCUACUUCGUUCUGUCCAGCUGGUGGGCCAAGGCUUUGUUCGCCUUCUGUUGCCUGGCGACAGGUUGUUACUGCUGCUGUUGCCUGUGCUGCUGCUGUAACUGUUGCUGUGGUAAAUGUAAACCCCGGCCGCCGAUGGACCAGGAGCCCGAGUUCUACGUGUCCCCUGAGGACCUGGAGGCCCAGAUGACUGCAGACGAGAGAGACGGCAGCAAUCCCAUCGUCAUGCAGCCGUCAUCGGCCACAGAAACCACCCAGCUCACCUCUGAUGCGCACCAAAGCUACAAAACCGACUCCUACUAGGCACACACACACA